UAUACUUAAAACACAUUAUCAUUACCAAAUAUCUAAUUAGACUAUCAUUCCAAUUUCAAUAUUUUAACCAAACACAUCCUUAAUAAAGUAAAUGUAUAAUUUUAUCCAUGAAAACAGUGAAUCCGUAAAGUUUCGGAAUUUGGCUGUCUUGUCGCCUGCAAUCUGCAUCUCUGAAAUCACCUCCGGCGAUAUCUUAACUUCCGGUCACUUGUGUUCAUCUUACUCACGAUGGCGAAGAAAACGAACAAUGUUUCUGCUUCCAAUGUUGAUCCCACAAUCGAACCAAGCUCAGAGUCAGAUGAUCCAUCGUCUUGUAGUUUGGGGUUACGACGGAGGCGUCAGACAGGACCUCUCUGAGUUUAUCGGAACCCUAAAGCCUCGUUGGGUCACAAUUCUUACGCCGCAACCUCGGCAGGAUUUCGAGGAAACCACUUCCCGACCGUCAAACUGGCUGAAUUUUCAUUUGCCUGAGGGUGAAGAUGAUUGGACAAUAAAGAAGCUGUUUGAAAGUCUCUCGAGCUGCGCCCACAGCAAGCUUUCUAGUGAAAUCCCAGGCUUCUCGUCUUUCCCACUGCUCCCAUGGAAUGAACAAUAAAGAAACUAGUAUGCUAGUUUAGGA